AUGUUUAACAUUAACACUAGUCUUAAUCGUUGUGUUAAAAUCUGGAAUAUUUUACUCGAUCAAUUUCAAUUGCUUGAAACAAUGACACCAAUCGAAUUUCUCGAAUUUCGUGAUUAUAUUAUACCAGCUAGUGGUUUUCAAAGCUUACAAUUUCGCUUAAUAGAAUUUAAACUCGGCUUAAACGAUAAAUUAAGACAUCAUUAUCACGAAAACUAUUUCACUCAUGUAAUGUUUAAAAAUCAACAGGCUGAAGAAUUGAAAAAUGCAGCUAGCGAACAAUCGUUACUUGCUUUGCUUGAAAGAUGGCUUGAACAAGUUUAUGACAGCACAUCAUUUGAUUUUCUGGAAAAUGGCAUAUCAUUUGAUAGUGUCAAUAUCGAAGCAGAAAAUUUGAGACGGCAGUUUUCAAACAUGCUUAAUCAAACUCAGUAUGCACAAUUGAAAUUAAUGAAUGAACGUCGGAUGAGUCAUAAAGCAAUGUUGGCUGCACUCAUGAUAUCAGUCUAUCAUCAACAACCUUGUUUUCAACAAGCCUAUCAAAUGCUGUAUUUACUCAUGGAUAUUGAUGCUCUCAUUGCCAAUUGGCGUCAAAAACAUAUUCAACUUGUUCAACGUCACAUUGGUAGAAAACCAGGCACGGGAGGUCCUCGGUUGAUUUAUAAUGAUCCACCAACGGCUUCUCGACAAUGUACAACUGAGUUGACUAUGUUAAAAGGUAAAAUUGAAGCACGAAUUUUCGAAAAAAAAGUGAGCGCCGGACGAUCAGUUGAAAUAUUUAUAGCCGAAAUGGAUGUUAUAUUGAAAAACUUACAUGAUACACCUAUUUGUAAACUAAAUCGAAAAUAUAAACAACAACGUGAAAGAAUUCCAUAUGAUAAUUUAUUAGAAACGAUUCAAUUGAAUCAAUAUCAAAUUAGUAAAUGUCCAAUUACUGCUGAAAAAAGAAAAAUUAUGAUUACACGGAAACAAUAUGAACAAUUAAGCAUUAAAUCAAAUGAAAUGGAAUUAGCACAUCUUUAUUAUUUAGCAAAAGCUCAUAAACCUGUUACUCCACUUUGUCCAAUUAUUUCUGGUCUAAAACAUCCAACUAUAAAAGUAUCAAAAUUUCUCGACGAAUUACUUCGACCGUUAUUUAAUAAAAUGGCAUCAAACACAACUGUUACUUCUGGAACUGAAAAUGGUAAAUAUUUUCAUCAAGUACAUGUUGGUACUAUGGGUUCUACAUUAACAUUAACAAUUGCUAAUUGUUAUAUGUACUUUUAUGAACGAGAUAUUGUUAAACAAGUGAACAAUAGCAAUGGACUCUACUUACGAUAUAUUGAUGAUAUUCUCAUAAUUAUUAAUUGGCCGAUUCAACAUCUUUCUAAACAAAUUAAUCGAUGGAAUGAAUUAGACUUGAUUAUAAAAUUAAAAGCUCAAGUUGGUCAUUCAACAAAUUUUCUUGACUUAUACAUAGAAAAUAAAAAUGGUGAAUUGUUUACAAAACUUUAUCACAAACCAUCCUAUGAAGCAUAUUAUUUACCAUUUAAUGGUGUUCAUCCAAUACAUGCAUAUGAAAAUGAAUAUUCCAUAUGCUAUGUUAAUUCGUGCGAUUAA